GUUUAUUUUGUUGUUUUCUUUGUAAAUAUUGUUCGAGUUGUAUAAAAAUCAUUAUAAUUGUUAUAAAAUGGUGCACGAGAAGGUGUCAAGUGAGUUUUCAGCCCUCUGCAAGUUAGAUGUGGAACAAAAAUUACAGCCCGUUUUAACAUCUGUAGACGACAUGCUAGCCCGUUUGGAAGAACUAGAAACAAUACUAACCUUCGCAAAACAAGAUCGGCAAGAAUCUGAUAAAGUUAUGAAAUCAAUCGCAAGAGAUCUAAAACAAGACGUAAACGAUUUGUGCGCGAAAAUUGACGGUAUUGAGAGUUUGGUGGGGCACAUAACAAACAAUUUGGAUGCUCUGGAAGAAAACAUUUGCAAGUACGAGCACGAAAUGGGUGUCACCGAUGGUUCCAGUAAAGUCAGCCAAAUGUUCAUUCCGUUGUUUAAAAAGACGCCGGAAAAGAAAAGUACUAAUAACACAGAGAUGUUUAAGACUGAGAAUUAUUUUAAGUGAGGUUUUAUUUAUUAA